CUUGAUCAGUUCUAUCAGUGGCUUUAUUCAAGAAAAGGGAUACUAUUCCACUUCCAACACUCAAACUCCAUCAAAUCUUGAUUUUUUUUUGUUGAUUUAAAUAUUGGAUGAGGAAGAAUUAUUACAAAGGCAGAAAAAAAUCAGUUCUUGAAAUCAUUACUUGAGUAGUAGUACUUGUUUGUUUGUGGGUCUUUUUGUGUUUGUAUUCUUGUUCUUCAUUUUAAUCUUUGCCCAAUGAUUUGAAAAUGCAACACUGCAUCUUUGUCAGAUUUCAUCUGCUGUCUGUAAAAUCUAUGUUCUUGAUUCAAAUGGGGAAGAUGAAUAAUUGUUCUUGAUUUCUUGUGCUUGUGAGAAACAUGGAGCUGCAGCUGAGUUCUUCUCUCUACAUAAUUCUCUGUAUCUUUGCUUUGUUAUUUCAAGAAUCUGCAGGUCUCGGCUUACCAUCAUCGUUAGUUAAGCUUUACACGGGCAGACACCGAUUUUUAUUACCGAAAAAUGAUCAAGCUCUUUCACCUACAUGGCAUGGCAUUUUUGCUGCAGAAGCUCCCCAUCAAAAAUCGUUUCACGCUCCACUUAUAUAUCGUCCGUCAAUUAGACCUUCAAAUCCUCGGAAAUUAAACAUCUCCAGCAAUGCAUAUGCACCGUCUACUCCAUCGUACGGCCACCCUGGCAAAAAACGAAUACAUUAUAACCACCACAUUGCCCCCGAGCAAUCUCACAAGCCGCAUAAAGGACAUGCUAUAGCCCCUUCUCCGACGGGUCGUUCGAAGAGAGGACCUCUGCCAUUGCCCGCAAUUCCGUCCAAUCAUUUAAUCGCGCCCAGCCCUUCGCCCACCGUUUCUCCAACGAGUUCUCCUAUCGUAAAUAACGAAAAAACUCCACCACCGUUACCGAGUAUGGCAUUACCUCCACCUCCACCUAAUCAAGGAUGCGUGUCUCUAACAUGCACCGAGCCACUGACGUACAAACCUGCUGGAGCACCAUGUGGCUGUGUUUGGCCAAUCGAAAUUCGUCUCCGUUUCAGUAUAUCUUUAUAUAAUUUUUUCCCGUUGGUUGCUAGUCUUGCCGAAGAAAUUGCGACCACUAUCCCAUUAAAUCGAAGCCAAGUUCGUAUAUUGGGAGCAGAUGCAGCAGAUCAACAGCUCGAGAAAACCACAGUCCUAAUUAACUUAGUCCCACUAGACGAAACAUUCACCGAUGCAACGGCCUUUACUAUUUAUAGAAAGUUCUGGAAGAGAGAGCUCUCCAUCAAGGCAUCCACUUUCGGCUCUUAUCAAGUGCUGUAUGUUCGAUAUCCAGGGCUACCACCAUCUCCACCUUCACAACCCCACGACUCGGCCACAAUCGACAGUCAACCUUAUCCGAAAGAAGAUGGCCCGAUAAAGCCUUUAGGGGUAGAUGUGCCAAGAAAAAAUAAAAAUAAUAAUUAUCGCAAAAAUAUGGUUAUUGUAAUAGUCCUAUCAUCCGUGACAGCAUUCGUAGUGUGCGUGGGAUUUAUUCUGCUAAUUUUCUCGAAACGGGGUUGCAAAAGUCGGCAUACUUUAACACUGAAUUCGGACAUAAAACCAUUAGGUGGCGGUAAAAUGCUGGCGUUACGAAGCCGUGCCAGCUCAGCAUCGGCGUCGUUUGGUUCGAGCCUAUUAGCAUGCACGGGGUCUGCUAAGAUUUUCAGCAUAGAGGAUAUAGAGAGGGUGACAGAUAACUUCAAUACAUCAAGAACUCUAGGAGAAGGGGGUUUCGGACUUGUGUAUGGUGGGACCCUCGAAGAUGGGAGACAGGUGGCGGUCAAAGUUCUCAAGAGAUCCGAUCAAAAUGGGACCCGCGAGUUCCUAGCCGAGGUCGAAAUGCUUAGUCGGCUUCAUCAUCGAAACCUAGUCAAACUCAUCGGUAUAUGUCCAGAAGAAAAAUGCAGAUGUCUUGUCUACGAGCUUGUUCCAAAUGGAAGCGUUGAAUCUCACUUACACGGAGUGGAUAAGGAGGUGGCGCCUCUUGAUUGGUACGCGAGGAUGAGAAUUGCACUCGGUGCGGCUAGAGGUCUGGCGUACUUGCACGAAGACUCGAGCCCUCGUGUGAUACACAGAGACUUUAAGUCGAGCAAUAUCUUGUUGGAAAAUGAUUACACGCCUAAAGUCUCCGAUUUCGGUCUCGCUAGAGCGGCCAAUAUGGAUGACGGAAACAAACAGAUUUCGACGCAUGUCAUGGGAACUUUCGGUUACUUAGCUCCGGAAUACGCCAUGACGGGCCAUCUCCUAGUUAAAAGUGACGUUUACAGCUAUGGCGUUGUCCUACUCGAGCUUCUAACGGGGAAAAAGCCCGUUGACUUAUCGCAGCCGCAAGGACUAGAGAAUCUAGUUUCGUGGGCCCGGCCUAGUCUUGCAACAAAAGAAGGGCUCGAAGCAAUCAUCGAUCCAUGUCUGAAAUCACAAGUACCACUAGAUAACUUCUCCAAAGUCGCGGCUAUAGCCUCGAUGUGCGUUCAACCGGAAGUUUCCCACCGCCCGUUCAUGGGCGAAGUUGUUCAAGCUUUGAAGCUCGUGUGCAACGAGUUCGAAGAAGUCAUCGAGCCCGUUUCAAGAAGCUGCAGCGAGUUCGAUAUAGAGAGUAGAAUAUAUUCGAACGAACUUAUGGAAGGUGGUCGCGACUUGGAGAAAUGUGAUUCGAGCUUCGAUAUGAAGAUUGCUUUGUCGGCUGUCGAUUUGACCGCGUUUAAAGGGGAGGAAUUGUCGGAGUCGUUUCGGAGACAGUUCAAUUCGGCUCCGUUGAAAAUGGGACGGAAACGAAAAUUCUGGCAGCGUCUGAAGGGACUGUCUAGAGGAAGUAUGAGUGAACAUGAGUUCUCAUCCAAGUUUUAGUUUCAAAAGAAAUAUUAGCAUAGAACCCCCCUGUGUAAUCUGUAAUUGUCGAGAAAACUACUAUGUCGAAAAAAUUAGCAAUAACACCCCUAUGGGCAAUGUCAUGUUUUACAAA